AGAGAGAAAACAGAGCACUCCACGGGGAACGUCCGAAAGGCUAAAAUCAAAAUGACGGCGAGUUUGCGGACUUGUUUAAGGGCAUCCUGAAUUUUUACAGUGACAACAUUGUUCCAGGAAGAACACUCCGGUUUUGACAGGCCUGUGUCGUGCACCCGACUUCUCAACAACAUCUUAAGGAGCUGAGAGCAUGGCUUCGGCGAUACUGCAGAAGGCCAUAGAUCUUGUGACAAAGGCCACGGAGGAGGAUCGUAAUAAGAACUACGAGGAGGCCCUCAGAUUGUACGAGCAUGGCGUCGAAUACUUUUUGCACGCAAUCAAAUACGAGACGCAGGGAGACAAGGUGAAGGAGAGCAUACGAGCGAAAUGUAUGCAGUAUUUAGAGAGAGCAGAAAAAUUAAAGGAGUACUUGAAGAAGAACAAGAAAAAGCCGGUCAAGGCUGGGGCAGAUAAUGCCAAGAGCGAGGAUAAGAAGAGCGACAGUGGUGACAGUGACACUGACAGCGACCCCGAAAAGAAGAAGCUGCAGAGUAAAUUGGAAGGCAUUAUAAUGAGCGAAAACACAAAUGUUCACUGGAGCGAUGUGAUUGGUCUCGAUGGAGCCAUAGAGGCUUUGAAGGAAGCUGUUAUUCUACCUAUGCACUUUCCUCAUCUCUUUACCGGGAGGCGCAUACCUUGGAAAGGUAUUCUGUUAUUCGGACCACCAGGAACCGGUAAAUCAUAUUUAGCAAAAGCAGUAGCGACGGAAGCUAAUCAAGCUACCUUCUUCGCCGCGUCGUCGUCGGAUCUAGUAAGCAAGUGGUUAGGAGAGUCGGAGAAGCUUGUGAAAAAUCUGUUCGAAUUAGCGCGACAAAAGGAACGUAGCAUAAUAUUUAUCGAUGAAAUAGACUCGCUCUGUUCGUCGCGUUCCGACAACGAGUCAGAGUCCGCGAGGAGGAUAAAAACAGAAUUUCUAGUUCAAAUGCAAGGUGUAGGGACCCAUAAUGAGAAUAUACUCGUGCUGGGGGCCACCAACAUACCUUGGGUCUUGGAUUCUGCGAUCAGACGAAGAUUCGAAAAGAGAAUUUACAUUCCGUUGCCCGGAAAACAGGCGCGCGCCGCUAUGUUCAAGCUCCACAUGGGUAAUACGGCACAUUGUUUAACGGAGGAAGACUUCAAGACAUUGGCGGCUUCCACCGACGGUUAUUCGGGAGCCGAUAUAAGCAUUAUUGUACGGGAUGCCCUGAUGCAGCCGAUCCGACAAGUGCAAAUGGCUACACACUUUAAGCGCGUUAAAGGACCGUUGCCGAGGGAUCCUUCCGUUAUCGUCGACGAUUUACUUACUCCGUGCUCCCCCGGCGAUCCGGCUGCUAUAGAAAUGAAUUGGAUGGAAGUCGAUGGUGAAAAAUUGUUCGAGCCACCAGUUACCAUGAAAGACAUGAUGAAAUCGCUAGCAACGACCCGUCCCACAGUGAAUGAAGAAGAUUUGGCAAAGUUAGAGAAAUUUAAGGAAGAUUUCGGUCAAGAGGGUUGAGAGACUCUUGAAAUAUCUCGCAAUUAAGUUAAUGGAUUUAUAAUUCAACAAAUAUUUUUAGUUAUACAUGCUUGCCUUAUUCCUCUUAUGAUAACACGCUUGAUAAUAUCUGUAUAAAUACGUUAUAUUCUCUCUCGGAAACGAUCUUUUGUCCUUCGUCUCCUUAUUUAAAUCUCUACUUUUUUUUUUUUUUUUUUUUUCUUAAGCGCAACAGCGAAUGCAAUCCGGUACCGUAAGCUUAUCGCUUAUUUACUUAGCGAAAAUGAUACAUAACUUAUGAAAUAAACCAUAUUUUGAGAUAAAAAAAUUCUUCGACUUUUAUCAGGCAGUCAGACAAGAGGUAGAUAAUUUUUUAUCAUAAAGUGCAAAGUAGGAAAAGUGUUGGUGAUACAUUUACGAGGUAUAUGGCAAACUCUGUGUUUAAUGCGUCGCUAUAUAUAAUCGCUAAGUGAUAAGUACCUAACAAAUUAAUUGUAAAUCAUAGAUUUUAUAUAGUUACUUCCUAAUCACCUUUGAUUAUAGUUUUAAACACUCUUGCGUAUUCCGUUAUCCGAUUGUCUCGAUUCGAGAGUGGGCUUUUAACGCGGGAUCGUUCACGGAGUCGAAAAAACGAGUCGCGCUCUCAGCCAAUUUAAAUUUAAAACAGAAUACGCUAACCGAAAUCGACGGAGUAACAAGGGUUAUGUAACAUACUACAUACAUAAUACAUAACAUAUUAUAGAUAUUCAGAGUACUGUUUUCAUGUAAAUUGUUUUUAUUGUUAACUAAAUAAAUAACAAGCUGUAUACUGA